GGUAGCGGGUGUAACUGUCAAACAGAAUCGUUCUAAAAAUGUCAAUCCAUUUAAAGAUUUGAUAAUAAUGUGAAAUUGUUCGAUUUAAACGAAAUGGCAACCCAGAAGCCCGGGGAGUGGGCAAACACGUUGAUUGUGCGUUUUGAGGAACAGCUGCCGUGUAGAGUUGGUUCCCAAACAGCACAUUCCAAGUUUAAUGAAGAAGAGAAUAAAAAUUGUAUAAUACAAAUAUCGCGACAUAAAUUUGCAUUGGUUUUGGAUGGAUUUGUAAAAGUAAUUAAGAGAAUACAUGAGAUGUACCAAAGUAAUGUGUGUGGGCAAAGACAACUUGUAGCUGAAUUCGAGAAGAAUUACUUUGAUAGUUUAUUAGUAGUCUUAGAGACUUUAGAAAAAUGUUUCAGUGUACAACCAAAGGAUUCAAUAACAUUGACUAUGGAAGAAAACCAAAACUUAAAAUCACUUUUAAAAGAGAUUUGUACAUUUCUAGUAUUCCUUUUAGAUAUGCCAACUGAAAGUCCGCACACACAUGCCAUAAAGACUGCAGCUAGUAAAGUAUUAUUUGCUCUAAGUGUAAAUUUUUUCAAUGCGGUUUUUAGUAGGAUCAGCUCAAAAUUACAGGAGCUAGCUUCUUGUCCUGAUGAAAAUCCAGAUCAUAGUGAUAUAGAACUUAUUCAACAUAUCAAUGUCGAUGUCACCAGAUUAACACGUCUUUUAACAGCUAUUCAAAAAUUUCGGCUUCUUAAAAAACCUGCACACUUUGUAUUAAUGAUAUCAUUGGAACGAGCGAUUUGGAACUGGAUAGACACUUAUCCUUAUGAAUUUGCUGACUUACAAAAAAAUCCCAAUGAAGAACUAUCAAAGUGCUGUGAACAAUUAUUUGACAUUUUGGAUGCGUAUACUGAUAAUAAAAAGGGGAGAGCGGCUAUUUGGCCGCUUCAAAUAAUGCUACUUAUUCUAUCACCUAAAGUUUUGGAGGAGAUUAUAAACGCGGAUACGGGAGGCGCUCCUUGUUCACCUCGCCAUAGCAAGAAAAAACAAUUCAUAGACACCAUAAAACGGGGAAUAGGAGCACACGGAAACUCUAGUAAACAGUUAACAGAAGCGGCUGUUGUGACUUGUGUAAAAUUAAUAAAAGCUUCCACCUACAUAAACACGACGGAUACAAAUAACAUAACAAUAACACUAGUACAAAGCAUAAUAACAGAUUUAAAAAAUAUGCUUUUCAACCCGAUAAAACCAUUUUCAAGGGGUCAAAACUCGCUUAACCAAGACAUCGAUUUAAUGAUUGAUUGCUUAGUAUCAUCGUUUCGAUUAAAACCAAUAAAUAACGAAGCUUUAAAAGUUUGUUUAAGUUUAUCUUCGCCGACUAUAUAUCAUUUUGUUUUGGUAAAAUCUUUGUUUCAAAUUGUAACACAAUCCCGAUUACUGUGGUGGCCAAACAUCGAUUUGGUUUAUACAAAAUCAUCCGAACUUCGCGCCAUGUUCACUGAUACUUUAAAUAAAGUGGCUCAAGGGUAUAUUGCGCAUACACCCCUUAGAGUGAUACAAGCUUUUGCAUCGAAAGGUAAAGAUUCUCAAGGAAAAUACAAAGAUAGAGCCGAAGAUAUGACUGGCUAUAGAAAUUUAUUGUUGUAUAUGGUAAGAUUAAUACACGCAGAUCCUAUGUUGAUGUUAAACAAUAAAGGAAAAGCAGGACAUGAGAUUCAAUCAUCCACAUUAGAGUUAAUAAACGGGUUGGUUUCUUUAGUACAUCAACCAUCAAUGACUGAUGUGGCUCAAGAAGCCAUGGAAGCACUAUUAGUAUUACAUCAUCCAGAAAAAAUUGAAAUUUGGAAUCCCGAAGCUCCAAUUAACACAUUUUGGGACGUUAGCUCUCAAGUUUUAUUUUCAAUAUCGCAGAAAUUAAUACAACAUCAAAUAAUGAAUUAUACCGACAUUUUAAAAUGGUUACGAGAAAUUCUUUUAUGCCGAAAUGCAUUCCUUUUAAGACAUAAAGAAUACGCAAACUUAGGCAGUCAAAUAGCAAUUUGUAAACAAGCUCAUAUCAAAUUAGAAGUUGUGUUUUUUAUGUAUUUAUGGAGUAUAGAUAUGGAUGCCGUUCUUGUAGCGAUGAGUUGUUUUUCGUUAUUAUGCCAAGAAGCAGAAAUUCGAUGCGGAUCUGAUGAACUAACCGUAACAUAUUUAGUUCCGAAUUAUCACGUUUAUCAAGAAUUAGCACAAGCUUCAAGUUUUUUAAAUACCGGAACCGGCGACUCAAGAAUGUUUUUUCCUGACCACACAAACGGCCGAACAGCUUUACAAAAACGAAUCAUGGCGUUACUACGUAAAAUAGAACAUUGCGUAAACGGCGUUCAACCCGCUUGGGAAGAAACGUUUAUGAAUUGGAACUCGACUUGUAAAACAUUAGCUUCUUAUCCAAAAAUGAAAGCUGAAGAUGGUCAAAUGGAACCGUUUCAUAGAUCAAUGGGUAAACGUAGAGCUUCACAUCAAAAUUCCGAGCAUGAACUUGAGGAUCAAAUUAACGAAUGGGCGAAUAUGACCGGGUUUUUGUGCGCAUUAGGUGGUGUUUGUUUGCAGAGAAAAUCUCCAUCGCGCCCACCUUUAUGUUCGUCGCAUUCAAGCUAUUCCAGUUUGUCAACAAUUCCAAUUAGCGCCAUAGGAACGGUGGGUUCAUUAUGCGAUUCAAGAAAAUCGAGCGUUUUACCAAGUGGUAAUCAAGAACAAAGACAAUAUUGUCCCGUCACACAAUUUGUUGAUCUUCUCCUUCGACUUCUCGUCUGUAACAAUGAGAAAUUUGGCGGACAAAUUAAAAAGCACGUUACAGAAUUGGUUGGACAUGAAAUGUCUUCGGCUCUUUAUCCGAUUCUUUUUGAACAAAUCAAAACUAUUAUUGAUAAAUUUUUCGAUCAACAAAGUCAAGUUGUUGUUUCAGACCUCAACACACAAUUUAUCGAGCAUAUUAUAUUUAUCAUGAAAAAUAUUUUGGACAAUACAAAAAAUGAUCAACCCUCAGAACAUUUAGGUGUAACAAGUAUUGAAGGAAUGAUGUUGGCUAUCGUACGUUAUGUGCGACAUCUUGAUAUGACUGUACACGCCAUACAAAUUAAAACAAAAUUAUGCCAAUUGGUUGAAGCUAUGAUGGCUAGAAGAGAUGAUCUUGCGUUUCGCCAAGAAAUGAAAUUUCGGAACAAACUUGUUGAAUAUUUAACCGAUUGGGUUAUGGGCACAUCUCAUCAAAUAGCACCACCAAGCAGUGGCGAUGUAACUUCAAUCACUAGGGAUUUAGAUCAAGCGUGUAUGGAGGCUGUAGCUGCUUUAUUACGCGGAUUACCAUUACAACCUGAAGAAUCUGAUCGUGGUGACCUUAUGGAAGCUAAAAGUCAACUAUUUUUAAAAUAUUUUACUUUGUUUAUGAACUUAUUAAACGAUUGUACUGAUACACCUGAAGUUACGGAAAAAGAAGUUGGCGGGAAAAGAGUUACAGAUAAACUUAACACUUUACGUAACGCCACUAUUCAAUCAAUGUCGAAUUUGUUAUCGGCAAAUAUUGAUAGUGGGCUUAUGCAUUCCAUAGAUCUUGGUUAUAAUCGUGAUUUACAAACGCGGGCAGCUUUUAUGGAAGUUUUAACGAAAAUUCUUCAACAAGGUACGGAAUUUGAUACUUUAGCCGAAACCGUUUUGGCAGAUCGUUUCGAACAAUUGGUACAAUUAGUAACAAUGAUCAGUGAUAAAGGAGAACUUCCCAUCGCUAUGGCUUUAGCAAAUGUUGUGACAACUUCACAAAUGGACGAAUUAGCUCGAGUUUUUGUUACGUUAUUUGACGCAAAACAUCUUUUAUCGCCGUUAUUAUGGAAUAUGUUUUAUCGAGAAGUUGAAGUUUCCGAUUGUAUGCAAACGUUGUUUCGCGGAAACUCAUUAGGCAGUAAAAUAAUGGCGUUUUGUUUUAAAAUUUACGGAGCAAGUUAUCUUCAAACUUUAUUGGAACCUUUAAUAAGUCCUCUACUGGAAGAGUUAAAUUGUAGCUUUGAGGUUGAUCCUGCGAGGUUAGAAGAUAACGAGGAUAUAAUAGAUAAUCGUAAAAACUUGAUACAACUAACUCAAAGGGUUUUUGAAGCAAUCGUAAACGCAGCGGAUAAAUUUCCCCCUCAAUUACGGUCGAUGUGUCACUGUUUAUAUCAAGUAUUAAGUAAGCGAUUUCCACAGUGUCCGCAAAAUAAUAUAGGAGCUGUUGGGACUGUGAUUUUUUUGAGAUUUAUCAAUCCCGCAAUCGUUUCUCCGCAAGAAAUGGGAAUAGUAACGAAACAAGUACCACCUUCAGUCAAACGAGGCUUAAUGUUGAUGUCGAAAAUCCUACAAAACAUUGCCAAUCACGUUGAAUUUAGCAAAGAGCAACAUAUGUUACCUUUUAAUGAUUUUCUUCGCGCACACUUCGAAGACGGGCGAAGAUUUUUUAUACAAAUCGCUUCUGAUUGCGAAACAGUUGACCAAGCAUCUCAUUCGAUGUCGUUUAUUAGUGACGCCAACGUUUUGGCUUUACACAGACUUUUAUGGAAUCAUCAAGAAAAGAUUGGCGAUUAUUUAUCGAGUAGUAGAGAUCAUAAAGCUGUUGGUAGAAGACCUUUCGAUAAAAUGGCUACUUUAUUAGCCUAUUUAGGACCGCCAGAACAUAAACCGGUUGAUUCGCAUUUAUUAUUUUCGUCGUACGCGAGAUGGAGUUCGAUAGAUAUGUCUUCGAGUAACUUUGAAGAAAUUAUGGUUAAACAUAACAUGCACGAAAAAGAAGAGUUUAAAUCAAUAAAAUCGUUGAAUAUAUUUUAUCAAGCCGGAACUAGUAAACUAGGCUUACCAGUAUUUUAUUACAUCGCAAGGAGAUAUAAUUGCUAUAGAAUUGGGGAGACGAACGGCGAUCUUUUAAUUUACCACGUCAUCUUAACAUUGAAGCCGUUCUGCCAUUCACCUUUUGAAUUGGUCAUCGAUUUCACGCACACCUGCUCAGAAAACAGAUUUCGAACGGAAUAUUUACAAAAAUGGUUUUACGUUCUCCCAGAAUUAGCUUAUCAAAACUUACAUGCCGCUUAUGUUUAUAAUUGUAACAGUUGGGUUAGAGAAUAUACUAAAUAUCAUGAUCGCAUUUUAAAUCCUCUUCGUACUGUAAAUCGAAAAAUAAUUUACAUCGAUAUUCCAAACAAAUUAAACGACUACAUAGACCCGGAACAACAAAAACUUCCGGGCGCUACUUUAAGUUUAGACGAAGACUUAAAAGUUUUUAACAACGCAUUAAAGCUGUCUCAUAAAGACACAAAGGUGGCGAUAAAAGUAGGCCCAACUGCGAUUCAAAUAACGUCCGCGGAGAAAACGAAAGUUUUAUCACAAUCAGUUUAUUUAAACGACGUUUAUUACGCCUCUGAAAUUGAAGAAGUUUGUUUGGUGGAUGAUAACCAAUUUACUUUGACUAUAGCUAACGAAAGUGGUCCUUUGAGUUUUAUACAUAACGAUUGUGAUACAAUCGUUCAAGCGGUGGUUCAUAUAAGAAAUCGAUGGGAGUUGAGCCAACCAGAAUCGGUGACUGUUCACCAAAAAAUUCGACCGAAAGAUGUUCCAGGGACGUUGUUAAAUAUGGCUUUGUUAAAUUUGGGGUCGUCAGAUCCGAAUCUUAGAACGGCGGCGUAUAAUCAAUUAUGUGCAUUAACGGCUACGUUUGAUUUAAAAAUAGAAGGACAACUUUUAGAAACUUCAGGGUUGUGUAUUCCCGCUAAUAACACUAUUUUUAUUAAAAGUGUGUCAGAAACGUUAGCUAAUAAUGAACCCCAUCUCACUUUAGAAUUUCUCGAGGAAUGUAUACAAGGUUUUGGUCGAUCGAGUAUAGAAUUAAAACAUUUAUGCUUAGAAUACAUGACACCUUGGUUACCAAAUUUGGUUCGUUUUUGUAAAACAUCCGAAGAUAAUAGAAGGCAGAAACAAGUGGCACAAAUUUUAGAGAAACUCAUUUUAUUAACAAUCGACGAAGUUGAAAUGUACCCAUCGAUACAAGCCAAGAUUUGGGGUUCAAUUGGUCAAGUACCAGAAUUAAUCGAUAUGGUUUUAGAUGGCUUUAUACAUAAAUCCGUGACAUCCGGUUUAGGAUCGCCCAUGGUUGAAAUAAUGGCCGAUACAGCGGUUGCUUUAGCAUCUGCAAACGUUCAACUUGUUGCUAAAAAAGUUAUCGGACGAUUAUGUCGUGUUGUGGAUAAAACAUGUCAAACUCCUACGCAAUUUUUAGAACAACAUAUGAUGUGGCACGACAUCGCUAUUUUAGCUAGAUACCUUCUUAUGUUAUCAUUUAAUAAUUGCUUAGAUGUAGCAAGACAUCUACCAUAUCUUUUUCACACGGUCACAUUUUUAGUAUGUUCUGGAUCUUUAUCGAUGCGAGCUUCAACACAUGGAUUAGUUAUAAAUAUAAUUCAUUCAUUAUGUACAUGUACAAAACCAUCAUUUUCAGAGGAAACCCAACGAGUAUUAAGACUAUCUUUAGAUGAAUUUUCUUUACCAAAAUUUUAUUUGCUUUUUGGUAUCAGCAAAGUUAAAUCUGCGGCUGUAACAGCGUUUCGUUCGAGUUACAGACAUGCCAACGAGAGAUGGUUUGGCACUGAAAGAACUUUAUCAACAUCAAACAGCACAGAACAGGAUCGCCUAUCUUUAACUUCAUUAGAAAUAAUCACAGAUGCAUUACUUGAAAUUAUGGAAGCGUGUAUGCGUGAUAUUCCAGACUGCGAUUGGUUGGCAAAUUGGCAAUCGUUAGCGAAGGGAUUUGCAUUCUGUUUUAACCCGGCUUUACAACCAAGAGCUUUAAUUGUUUAUGGUUGCAUCAGCAAAAGCGUUUGCGAUCAAGACAUGAAACAAUUACUAAGAAUUUUAAAGAAAGCUUUAGAAAGUUACAACGAUAUGUUAUUACUCGAAGCAUUAGUUAUGUGCUUAACAAGACUCCAACCAGUUCUACGACCAGAAUCACCGAUUCACAAAGCCUUAUUUUGGGUUGCCACCUCCGUUUUACAAUUAGACGAGGUUACUUUAUACGCAUCCGGGUUAGCUUUACUUGAACAAAACUUGCAUACUUUAGAUUCACAAGGUGCGUUUGAUGAAUUACCUAUGGAUCAAGUUUUAAUGCAAUCACGCGAAGCUCUCGAAUGGCACUUUAAGCAAUUAGAUCACGCCGUUGGGUUGUAUUUUAAAACAAACUUCCAUUUUGCGCUUGUUGGGCAUUUAUUAAAAGGAUUUAGGCAUCCGUCUCCUACGACGGUGUCAAGAACUUGUCGAGUAUUAACGAUGUUAUUAGCUAUUGUUGCUAAACCACACCGAAAAGAUAAAUUUGAAGUUACUCCGGAUAGUAUCGCUUAUUUAACAGCUUUAAUUGGAUAUUCAGAGGAAGUUCGAAAUAGGUGUCAUGUAAAAUACGCAACUUUACGACAUUCAAACGAUGCAGUUAGCCAAGAAAAUAUCUUGUAUGAAAAUUCAACAUCGCAUCAAGCAAAUAAUGUUAGUGGGGGAGGUCCUGCUGCGACGACAAAUUGUGGUCCAGUUAAUCGAAGACAAAAAUCUUGGGAUUUGUUGGACCAAUCGGCGAUAGCUCAGGCAAAACAACACAAACAGCCAGCACAACACCAGGUUGAGAGUUCGGCAGCCGGCAAAAGCUGGCGCAGUUUAGACUUGAGCCAGAGUCCGGGACCUUUGACCCGGCCUCUGUACCGUACCCAGCGGUCUAGUUCGGUGCCAGAGCCGCAGAACCCGACACCUAACGCAUUAAACACUGACGCUCAAUGCCCGACUGUGGCUCCCAACAAAAGCGCACGUGCCCUCUUCAAAACACAACGCUCAUUCUCGGUGCCAACAACCAAAGAACAAAAAAACCACGAUGAUAACUCUAAGAAUCGAAGCACCCGCGUAUCAAUCAGCAACGAAAACAACAUUUUAUUAGACCCCGAAGUACUCACCGAUUUUCAAACGCAAGCUUUAGUCCUCACCGUUUUAGCAACGAUGGUUAAAUACAGCACCGAAGAGCACGAAACGCGCAUUUUGUAUCAAUAUUUAGCUGACGGUGCCGUUGUUUUCCCUAAAGUUUUUCCGGUUAUAUACAAUCUGUUAGAUGUAAAAAUUAAUAACAUAUUAGCAUCAUCGAACGAUCCCGUUUUAUUAAACGCCAUUAGGUGUAUUAUACAAAAUAUGAUCGCUUGUGAGGAUACAAGCCAACAACAACUUCAUUAUUUACAAAGCUGUGGGUUUGCUGGGUUGUGGAGAUUUGCUGGUCCAUUUAAAAAGCAAAAAAAUAAUCUUCGUGAUAGCAUCCAAUUAUUCGUAAAUUAUUUAGAAACGUUAGUAGAAACAUGUCUUCCGGUUGAAGAGUCGGAAGUUGAAAACGGCGAGAUACCUCAAUACCCAUCGACGUUAAGUGUUAAUUCAAAUAUGAAUUUGUCGUCGAGUUUAUCGAGUUUAACGGUAGGAUCUCCGACUGAUAAAGAAAUAACGCGCGACAUGGAAGGAGGAAGUAGCACGUCGCUGGGUAGAUCAAGCUUUACAAAACAAAGAAGCAUCAAAUCGAAGUCGCAUUCUAAUCCUGACAGUUCACCGCAUCAUAAUAACGCGUAACAUAACGUUUUGUGUACAUCGCUACAAUUUUUAUAAAAAAAUUCGUUUUCGGUCGGAAAAAGUUAAAAAAAAUAAUAAUAAAA